CUACAAACCCUCUCCCCCGACCAGAAAAGAAGAAGAGAACCUUUCGCCUCGCCGGUCCCCCACUGACCCCCGACCCCGAACCCUCGCCGGCCCGCCCAUGGACUUCUCGGAGCAGGACGUCGACGUCUUCGGCGAGGAAUACGACGGCGCCGAGGGCGGCGGCGGCGGCGCCUCGUCCGGCUCCUCCUCCCCCUCCUCAUCCUCCUCGUCCUCCGCCGCCGCCUCCUCCUCCUCCUCCAGCGCCGCCUCCAGCGGCCGCAGCAGCAGCCCCGCCGCCGGCGGCGGGGACGACGACGGCGCCGACGACGGGGAGUACGACUCGUUCGACGUCGUGCCCGUCAGGCCCGCCGCCGGGUACGGGGACGAGGAGGAAGAGGAGGCCAGAGAUUUGUUCGGCUCCGACAACGAGGAGUACGUGAAGACCCCCGCCCGUAGCAACUACCUAGUUCCAGUGCUGCCCCCGAUACGGAAUACCAACAAUUUUUCUCGAGGAGGACGAGGUGGCAGGGGCCCACCUCUUCUUCCAAGGCCAGGAGGCCAUCCAGGAGGACGAAAUAAUUAUGGCCACGGCGGGAGGUAUUCAUAUGGAAAUGGGCGCAACGUUGAGGGUUUUGUUUCAGAAAUGAAACUUAAUAAGAGUGAAGAAACUUUAUCUAGGAAAGCUGUUGCUUUUCAGGAGCCAUGUGAGAUAGCAUGCUACAGCCGUGUUGAGGGUGGGGAUGUAUAUUUUGACGAUCGCAGCUUGAGGCUUUUCAAACGUAAUAUUUGUGACUAUGCCGGUGAAGAUCUCAAUAAAGGAUUUGAAACGUUUAUAGAGAAAAGAGAUUUGGGUUCUCAAGGAUUUGGCGAUCUUCUUGCAUGCAUAAGAAAUUCAAAUCUACCUCUUCAGAAUAUACAUUUUGUGACGUAUCGCAACAACCUUAACAAGAUAUUGGCCACGGCUUAUCUAAAAGAUCCAUGGAAAAUGGGUGUGCACAAAAGAAAUGGUGUUGUAUACCUUGAUGUCCAUAAGCUCCCUGAAAGACCACAGAGCGAAAUUGAGCGCAGGAGAUGUUUUUGGGGCUAUUCUUUUGAAAAUCUUGCCACUGAGAACUCCAUUGACGAGGACGGAAGAGGUAUUGAUGCAAAUGUAGAGUAUUGUUCUGUAAUAAAGACGAAAUUGGGCGCGCAUCGCAUUGUCAUGGGUGCUGAGAUGGACUGCUGUGAUUCAACCGACGAUGGUAGGCGGUUCUAUGUCGAGUUGAAAACAAGCAGAGAGCUGGAGUAUCAUACGGUGGAAAAAUUUGAGAAAGAGAAGUUACUUAGGUUUUGGAUUCAAUCAUUCCUUGCCGGCGUAUCAUAUGUUGUCGUGGGAUUCAGGAAUGAUGCUGGUGUACUUGUACGAACUGAGAGACUAAGAACUAAAGAUAUCACACAAAAAGUGAAAGCAAAGAACUACUGGCAGGGUGGUGUCUGCUUGGCGUUUGCGGACGAGGUUUUAUGCUGGCUGUAUGGCACUGUCAAAGAAAAUGAAGACUACGUUCUGCAAUUUGCACACCCGUUCCAUCGAUUGGAACUAUUAAAAGCCCAGUCUCCUUGCCCCGAGCCAAUAACUCUGCAUGUGGAACAGCUCACCGGUGCAACAAGCUAGAUCCGUUCCUAAGCAAAGCUCCGGAGCUGCUGUUUUGAGAAACGGACAGUUUUGAUGGACCUUAUGUAGCAGCGUCGCGGCUUAGAACGACUUAGAAUGGUUUGAGCUAUACUGGGUUCGUGGGGCUGACGCGGAUGCAUAAGAGACUGACGAUGUCACUAUAUAGUCGGUCGGAAACUGGGGGCAUUUAGGGUUACGGUUUGCUCUUUGAGUGUUCAAAGAGAUUUUGAAGCCAUGAAAAGCUGCAUUUCUUCUGUAAUGCUCUACUAAGUUAUAAAUUAGGGAAGUGCAGAGUUACGCUACCAUUGUAACGGUUCAUCACGCAAGGCACCAACGAUGUGUAACUUAUUUACCAAUGAUGAGUGAAUUUUAGAGACAGACGUUGUCAUGCCAUAGUGCAUGUCCCGAACA